AGAUCAUACACGUCCAUUCUAUCUGUAUGUACACGAGCAAAGAAGAAUGGCUGUGGGAGUACUAACUCAGUAUUUGGGAUCAUGGCAACGACCUGUCGCGUACAUGUCCAAACAGUUGGAUGCAGUGGCCAGUGGUCUUCCACCUUGUCUGCGAGCAGUGGCCGCCGCUGCCCUGUUGGUAGAAGAAGCUGACAAGCUUACAUUGGGUCAGGAACUCUAUGUGCGAGUACCUCAUGCAGUACAGACUCUACUGGAUUACAAAGGUAAUCAUUGGUACAGCAAUAGCCGAAUGACUAAAUAUCAAGCCAUGAUAUGUGAAAAUCCAAGAGUACACCUUGAGACUGUUAAUACCCUGAAUCCAGCUACCCUUUUUCCACAACCUACUGAAAGUCAACAUGAUUGUUUGGAGAUAAUGGAUAUAAUGUUUUCAAGCCGACCGGACCUUCAUGACUUUCCCAUCCAGAACCCGGAUGUACAGUAUUAUACGGAUGGUAGUAGCUAUGUGAAAGAAGGAAUUCGUCGGCAGCAGGUUGUAGAGUUAGGUAGAACUAUGGAGGAAGUACAGAAAUGGGUACAAGAUAGGUUACCUGUGAACAUAUAUCCACCUGUUCAUUCUUACCAUCCAGGAGAUCAAGUGUGGAUAAAAGAAUGGAAUAGUGUUCCAUUAGGUCCGAAAUGGAGAGGUCCUUAUGUUGUUUGUUUGUCCACUCCAACAGCUGUAAAGGUGGCAGAAGUGACUCCGUGGAUUCAUCACUCUAGGGUUAAACCAGCGGCAGACUCUUGGCAAGCUACUCCAGACCCUGAAAAUCCGUGCAAGAUCCGGUUAAAGCGGGUGAUUCAGUCGGAGUGAGUGCGAAGUAUUGGGACAUUGUGGUUGAAAGUACUAUUUCGAGACCAGCAAGUAGGUGUUUUGACGGCCAUAAUAAAGCCUGACCACCUGCCUACAUGUCAUAAGCCAGAGUGUCUCAAAGAGAUCUCUGUGAAGGAAAGUGAGGAUCAGAAGAACGCCAAUCCUUGCAGCCCUCACAGUCGGGAAGCUGAGGUGCCGUCACACGGUCGAAGAGAUAAGA